CAAACACUAUUUGCGAUGGGAGAGACGGACGGUGAUAUCGAGCCACGGGGUUCCGCUGAACCGGAGGCGGCACCAGCGCAGGAUACGCUGCAGGUGCCGACGCAAAAGAAGCGAAAGCUCAAGUCUCCCACUCCGGGUAGUUUACGUGGACGCAGUGCCACGCCCAUACACGGCAGGAGUCAGACUCCAUUCAGUUUGUAUAUGACACGUCGAAGCGCGACGCCAUCAACAUGGCGUAGCAUCACGCCGUUUUUAAAGCGCGAGGAGAAGGAGAAAACUCCCUUUGAACUGGGCAGGGACAUUAAGAUGCAGACAACGUGCAACAUUGCUGUAUUUGAUCGGGCUUUGAUCAUGGACAUCUCGGAACCCGUCGAUGCUCAGAAACCCGUUCGUUACAUAACAUCCGAUUUGUCGGUAAUCGAUCGGGCUGCCGUAAUGGAUGUGUCUAACGUUGAGGUUAUUUACGUGGUUGAAGAGUACGAAGAGUAUGAAGAGGAGGAGGAAAUCAUAGAGGAGGUGAAGCCAAAGAAAAAGGAAAAGAAAGCCAGGAAGCCACGCGUCGGACGCAAGUCUAUCGACAAGGAUCAAAGUCCCUCAGGUGCCGAAGAUGGCGAAGACUUAGGCGACGGCGUUGAAGACCGAGAGGAUAGCGUGGAUUUCGAUGAUGGCGACGAGCCCGUUAAGAAGGGCAAGAAAAAGGCACCACCAAAGAAGAAGGAGAAGAAGGAAAAAUCACCCAGCCCGAAGUUGUCCUUGAAACUGGAAAUUGGUGGCGGCCAAAAAGCCAGCAAGAAGAUGUUUGAGCAGCAACAGGCAGCUCCAAAGCCGCCACCAAAGAAGAGCAAGAUGGUGCUCCAAAUGGAAGAGCAGGCCAAAGCUGCAGCCAAGGCAGCUGAGGAGGCGGCUAACCGUGCCAAGCCAAAGGGCGAGACCUUCGAGGAGCGCCAAAAGCGUUUGAAGGAAGAAAAGGAGGAACAGGAACGACUCGAAGCCGAGCAGCGAGCCAUCGAGGAAGCCGAGGCUGAAGCGGAAGCCGAAGCUGAGGAAGAUGAAGAGGAUCCAUCCUUUGUCGAUGACACCGAUGUGGGCACCGAAGCGGCCGAUGGAGAAUAUAACGAAGACGAGGAAAGGGAUGAGGAUCAGGAUAACGAAGAAGACGAUGAAGUUGUCGAUCUCAAAGCUGAAAAACGUCGCGGCAGUAACUCUUCAGAUGAAUAUACCCGUCCUGAUCCGCAUGAGGAAGAGCGCUGGCAACGCAUUGCCGCCGUUGAGGGCGAGGAGUUCAUGCAGCAGAUGCGAAAAUACAGCAUGGCCAAGCGGACGAGCGAGAAGGAACGGGAUGCCGACUGGCAACGCCGACGUGAACAGGCUCGCAAUCCCAAGUUUAUUAACUUCCUCUCCGAUCGCACCGUCGAAGCUGGUCAAAGUGUCCGCUUGGCCUGCGCCGUGGAUGGUCCGGAGCUCUCGGUCAAAUGGUUCAAGGAUGGCAGACAGCUGGAACGCGAUGCCACUCAUCGGAUCAUCAACAAUAAUAACAUCUUGAUCCUAGAGGUGGUCAAUACUACAAUAUUGGACUCCGGCGAGUACUCUUGUCAAAUAAUGAACCAAAAUGACGAGGUCACCUCAUCGUGUAUUGUUACUAUUUACGAAAUCUUUAAGGAUGAACCCAAACCUCCCUCUAUUCAAUAUAUCAAAGAAUACUAUCACAUGCGUGAUGAUGAGUUAACUAUUGAGGGUCAUGUUCAUGGUGUACCACGUCCGGUUGUUACCUGGUGGCGUGGUGCUUUCCAGGUGAAGCCAAGCUACAAGUUUACUAUGAUCGAGGAGGCCCACGGCGUAUGCAAGCUGUUGAUCUACAAGCCCGGCAACAAGGACGGCGGCAUUUACACCCUGAAGGCGAUCAACUCGGUGGGUGAGGCACAGAUCAAUAAUACCGUCGAGGUGGCCAAGAAUCGCCACUACCAUGUGCCCGGCAUAUUCCAUGCACGCGACAGGAUCCAGCUAGACAGCUUGAAACAAGCCAGAUUGUCAAUGGAUGCGGCACUCAAGUCAUUGGCUGAAUCUGAUCUGAAGCGUGCUGAAAUCGAAGCUGAACAACAACGCGUGCAGGCAGCUCGUGCCCCGCCAGAACCAUUGGUGCCUGCCAAGCAGAAGCUGUCUUUUGCCACCCAAUUGCGUGAUCGCAUGGCAUUGGAGGGCACCACGGUGAAGUUUGUGGCCACAGUGAUCGGUCCCGAUCCGAAUACUCGCUGGAUGAAGGACGACAAAUGGAUAACGAUGAGCGAGAAUGUCAAGAACUUGUCCGAAGAGGGUAAAGCCAUUAUCGAGAUCAGCAAAGUGACCUCUGCCGAUUCGGGUGUCUACAAAUGCGUGGCCAAGAAUGAUAUGAGCGAAAUAGAAACCUCAUGCUACUUCAAGGUGUAUGCGGCACAAGCUGAUGGCGAUGAGUCCGAACCCAUAUUUGCCCUACCCCUGCGAGAUGUGUAUCACUCUUCUCAAAAUGAUUUGAUUAUCGAUACGAAGGUUCGCGGCAAUCCCCGCCCGGUCAUUUUGUGGACGAAAGACCAAUUACCCGUUGUUCUCGACGAUCGUGUCGUACAAAUCGAGCACUUGGAUGGCAUCUGCGAGCUGAUCGUUAACAAGCCAACGGAGAAAGACAACGGCGUCUACGUUUGCACCGCCCAGAACAAGUUGGGCAGUCAGUCGACUACCCACACGGUUGUUGUUGACACCGCACACUCUUCCCGUCGCUCAAGCAUACUUUCCUCAGCCAUGCAGGAGGAUGCAUCUGGCGCCGCUGGCGGCGAUGCCACUAAGAAGAAGCCCAAAAAGUUGCCCAAAGGGGAUGCCGAUGGUGGAGAGGGUGGCGAGGGUGGCUACGAGAGACGCAGUCGGAUGCCCGAUCCGUCGCCUAAGCAAAUGCUCUACUUCACGGUCAACCUGUCCAAUCGCUACGUAGCUGAAGGCUCCAAGGUCAAGCUACAAGCGGUUGUCGGUGGACCCGAACCGACCAUUAAAUGGCAAAAGGAUGAUCAGAAUGUACAGUAUGGACCCCGUAUAAAGAACAUGAAUCGAGACAGUCUGGCUGUACUGGAGUUCGUCAGUGCACAGCCUGAAGACUCCGGCACCUAUACGAUAACCGCACAGAAUGAGUUUAGCAAGAUCACGACAUCGGCUCUCCUGCAUGUCUAUCAGCCGAAGGUCAACACUGAUGUGCAACCUGUGUUCAUACGCUCUCUGAAAGAGACUUAUCAUCUAACGUCGAACGAAUUGAUACUGGAAACAGCGGUGCGAGGUCAGCCCACGCCUCAGGUGCAGUGGUUCAAGGACAGCAUUGAGGUUCAGAGCGGGGGUCGCUAUCAGCUCAUUGAGCAUCAGGAUGGCACCUGUGAGCUGAUCAUUGAUCGGCCAGACAGCAAGGAUUCCGGCAAAUAUGUGGUCAAGGCCGAGAGUCGUGCUGGCAAAAUGGAAAUAGCGCAUUAUGUGCUCUUUGAGGGUCAAGCACACCACAUUGCGGACAAUAUCCAUGGAGUGUUCCAUGCGGACAAGAGUCUGUUGCGGCCCAAAGAGGUGGAGAAGCCUGUCGCAAAGGCUGCUCCAGCAGCUGCCGCUGAAGAGGGCGCUGCUGAGGGUGAAGAACCGAAGGGUAAGCGACGUGGUCGCAAGAAGGAUGACCCUGAAGAGGAGGCUGCUUCCUCGGCCACGGACUAUGCCUCGGAUACGGCCAGCAUGUCGAGCAAGCGGCGUGAGAAGAACGUUGCCAUUCACUUCAGCACAUCGAUGAGAGAUCGGGUUGUUGCCGAGGGAUCCAAGGUGAAGAUCUCCUGCUUCCUGGAGGCAAAGGAGCCUCAAGUCAAAUGGUUCAAGAACGACGAACCCCUUCAAAAUGGUCCGAAGAUUCGGGGACGUUACAGCGAAGGUCUUUGCCUCUUGGAGAUUAACAGCGCCUCAGUGGAGGAUAAUGGCGAGUACAAGUGUUGGGGACGAGAUGAGUCCGGAGAAGCAUCCACCUCUUGCACGCUGGAAGUCUUCGAGAAUCCAGGCACUGGUGAUGUCCCACCAACAUUUACGCGAAACAUCAAGGACACGCUCCACGGCAAGAUCAACGAACUGCAGCUGGAUGUGCAUGUGCGAGGUCUGCCGACACCAACUGUCACAUGGUUCAAGGAUGGCGUGAAGGUCGAGAACAGCGACAAGUACCAGCAGGUGGAUCAUGAUGAUGGUACUUCCGAGCUGUUUGUCAGCAAUCCAAAGCCAGCCGACAGCGGCAAAUACGUUUGCCAGGCCGAGAAUCGUGAGGGUCAAUCGGAAAUCGUACACAUAGUCACCGUGGAGCCUCGUGUCCGUGUCAGACCCAUGUCGCCUCCAAGGGAGGGCAGACCGCCGGCUAAGCCAGCUGGUGAAGGCGAGGAAGCCGCUGCUGAGGGAGACGAAACUGUUGAGGGCGAAGAAGGUGCACCUGAAAAGAGAGUGCGUAAAAAGUCAAAAAAAGGCGACGAUGAGGAACAAACAAGCUCCAGGCGUGAGGUGCCACCACCUCCAGAUCUAAAGAAGCGUCUCUAUUUCCGCAACUUCCUCUCUAAUCGCACUGUUCUGAGCGGCAGCAAUGUCAAGUGGAUGGUAAAUAUUGAUGGACCGGAGCCAACGGCCAAGUGGUUCCAUGGCGAUCAACCAAUAACCUUUGGACCCAAGAGCAAAAUGUCCAUGCAGGAUGGCAUUGCCUGGCUUAACCUGGUGGGAGUAACCGAGGAGGAUGCCGGGGAGUAUACUCUACGGGUUCGAGGUUCUGAAAAUGAAAUCGUCAGCACUUGCAAUUUGUUCGUUUACAGCACGGGUAAAGUUGAAGUAAUUUCACCCACUUUCACAGUGGGCAUCAAAGACACGUAUUCUCUCAAUGAGAAUGAGUUGGUUCUGGAUUGUCGUGUGCGUGGCCAGCCACGUCCAGAAAUAGAAUGGAUGAAGGGCAACGAUAUCAUCUAUAACAAUGAAAAAUAUGAGCAGAUUGAUCAGGCCGAUGGUUACUCCAAGCUGAUCAUACGAAAUCCAACGGAGAAGGACUCGGGCAUCUAUUACUGUGUGGCUACCAACGAGGGUGCCCAAAAUAAAAUGAACCACCAGGUGUUCUUUUCGGGACGCGAACGAUUCACACUGGAGAAAACUCAUGGCUUCUUCCAUCGUGAUCCCAACAAGCCACACUUCCUCAAUCCCUUGGGCAAUCAGACCGUCUGCAAUGGCGGCACCGUCGCCAUCUCGGCCGAAUUCAUGCAAACGAGCACACCAAUUGAGGUGAAAUGGUAUCGCGAUCGGAAAACUGUCGAUGGUCCGAAUGUGACAACCUUGAAUGAUAAGGGUGUGUACACGUUGGCUAUCAUGAAUGCCGGAGCCGAGCAUGAAGGCACCUACACUUGCCUGGCCUCGAAUGCAUUCGGGCGCAUUGAAUCGAAUGUGAACAUCGAUGUCUCCGUCGGUGCCGAGAAGAACGAACGUCCGCCUCUCUUCCUGUCCAGACCGGAAACCGAAAUGAAGAUCGCUGUGGGUGAUCCCUUCUCGCUGUCCUUCCGCAUUGCGGGUGAUCCCAAGCCAAAGUUGGUGUUCAUGAAGGGCACCAAGGACAUAACUCAAUCGGAUCGUGUGAGCAAAGAGGUAUCCGAUGAUUACACCAGAUUCACAGUGCAAAAGUCGCAGAUCUCCGACUCCGGCACCUAUUUCGUUGUCGCUCGAAACGACUUUGGAACGGACAGAAUAUUCGUUACCAUUACGAUUAAAACACCCAAAAAGAAAGAAUAAAGCUUAUUUAAUUAUGUUUAUAUUGUUUGCGCAAAAUUUAAACGCUCCUUCUAAACACGCACCAAUUAUCAAAUAUUUAUUCUAAGUCUACUUUCCCGACCUAUGUGUUCAUUCAACAAACAUAAUACAAUAAUAUCGUUCUGACUACAAAAAACUUAUAGGUUAACCCUCGCGCUCGCUCUGAAACUCCAACGCAACCACGCUGGGGUCAACCCUUGGAUAGUUACAGCGAUACUUCGUAUUUCAGAGAUCGCUUGAACUUCAACUUGUUUGCCUUCUGUGCCGUUAAUCAAGAAACUUCUCAAAAGCAAUUUCCUGUGAGAUUAAUGAAUACCCGCAAAAUAAAACCAAAAACGAAAACUAAUCAAAACCGAACCAAAACAAAACAAAAGAACAAAUUAUCCGUGUAUUUAGAUUUUGUUAGUAUUUCUGAACGAUUGACUUAUUUACAAUUUAUUAUUUUUAUUUUAUUAUGGUAUACGAGUACAAAUAGCGUAUUAUAUAGAGCACAGCAAUCCAGCUUAUACAUUUACGUAGUCGAAAACAAGAAAAUAAAAUAUAUUUCUCCGGGG